GGGUGACAUCACCGCCGCCGCCGCGCCGAGGACCGACCGCUUCGGCUGCUCGCCCGGGCGGGCGGCGGAGGGCUGCGGGCUCCCCGCUCUGCUGCCGCCGGCUCCUCCGCAGCAGCAGCCUGUGUGUCGUCCCCCCCCCCGCCCCUCCCACCCCGCCCGGCCUCCUUCUUCUUCUUCUUCUUUAUUUUUUAUCCCCCCCCCCUUUCUCUCCCCUCUCCGCGCAUCUCCUCCCCCCCCAUCCGCCCCUUUCCCGGCCGCCCGCGGAGCUCCCUCUCCCCUCCGCGACUUCCCGCAUGACUGUCACCAAGGGUCGAGGAGCGCCCACGGUUCCCUGAGCCCCGCGGCCGUCCCUGGGUGUCAGGAGGCGCCCCACCAGCCACUGGAGCAGAGCAGGGCAGAGCUUUUGUCGAGUCAAUGAGAGACCUCCACAAGUCUAGCGUGCUGGGAAGCAAGCACGGCAGCCUGAUGUCAUGGCGCCCGCAGUACCGCAGCUCCAAGUUUCGGAACGUCUACGGGAAAGUGGCGAGCCGGGAGCACUGCUUCGACGGCAUCCCCAUCACCAAGAACGUCCAUGACAACCACUUCUGCGCCGUCAAUGCCCGCUUCCUCGCCAUCGUGACGGAGAGCGCCGGCGGGGGCUCCUUCCUCGUCAUCCCCCUCGAGCAGACAGGCCGGAUCGAACCAAACUACCCCAAAGUUUGUGGUCACCAGGGCAACGUGCUGGACAUCAAGUGGAAUCCCUUCAUUGAGAACAUCAUUGCAUCAUGCUCCGAAGACACCUCGGUGCGGAUCUGGGAGAUCCCCGAAGGCGGCCUGAAGAGGAACAUGACGGAGGCCGUCCUGGAGCUGUACGGGCACAGCCGGCGCGUCGGCCUCGUCGAGUGGCACCCUACCACCAACAACAUCCUCUUCAGCGCCGGCUAUGACUAUAAGGUCCUCAUCUGGAACCUGGACAUCGGGGAGCCGGUGAAGAUGAUCGACUGCCACACGGACGUCAUCCUCUGCAUGUCCUUCAACACGGACGGCAGCCUCCUGGCCACCACCUGCAAGGACAAGAAGCUGCGGGUGGUGGAGCCGCGGUCCGGCAGGGUCCUGCAGGAGGCCAGCUGCAAGAACCACCGCGUCAACCGGGUGGUCUUCCUGGGCAGCACGAAGCGGCUGCUGACGACGGGGGUGUCGCGCUGGAACACGCGGCAGAUCGCGCUCUGGGACCAGGAAGACCUGUCCAUGCCCCUGAUAGAGGAGGAGAUCGACGGGCUCUCGGGUCUCCUCUUCCCUUUCUACGAUGCCGACACGCACAUGCUGUACCUGGCGGGCAAGGGCGAUGGCAACAUUCGGUACUACGAGAUUGGCUCGGAAAAGCCCUACUUGAGUUAUCUCAUGGAGUUUCGCUCCCCGGCCCCGCAGAAAGGACUGGGGGUGAUGCCGAAGCACGGGCUGGACGUGUCAGCCUGCGAGGUCUUUCGUUUCUACAAGCUCAUCACCCUCAAGGGGCUGAUCGAACCCAUCUCGAUGAUCGUGCCGAGGAGGUCAGAAACGUACCAAGAGGACAUUUACCCGAUGACGCCGGGUACGGAACCAGCCCUCACGCCGGAUGAAUGGCUGAGCGGGGUGAACCGAGGUAAAGCCGCCGGGGGGGAUGGCAGGGAGCCCCGAGAACGGCCGGGCAGCGGGACGGGGCCGCAGCCCCCCCUGACCCCCUCCCCUGCUCUGCCCCGCUCAGAUCCCAUCCUGAUGUCGCUGAAGGAGGGCUACAAGAAGACAUCCAAAAUCGUCUUCAAGGCACCGGUGAGGGAGAAGAAGAGUGUUGUCGUUAAUGGCAUAGACCUGCUGGAGAACGUGCCGCCCCGGACAGAGAACGAGCUCCUUCGGAUGUUCUUCCGGCAGCAGGACGAGAUCCGGCGGCUGAAGGACGAGCUCUCGCAGAAAGACAUACGCAUCCGACAGCUACAGCUGGAGCUGAAAAACUUACGUAACAGCCCGAAGAAUAAUUAACUUCCAGGGACGUUUUAUAAAUAAACUCUCUUUGUUUAUACUCGCUCUUUAAUUUUAUUGUAUCCACUUACACAGAAUACGAGCCAGAAGUCAAGUGACCUGCCAAGAGCCCACUCGCUAACUGGAAACACGUCCUCCUAGUCUCGCCUAGCGCUAAAACCGCCGUAACCGAAAGCCACUGCAUGAGAGAGGGCUGGGGGUGGGGGGGCGCCCGCCCCGGCCGUGGGCUUGGAGUAAGUAGAGGAGCAGUGUCCCCUCCGUCGGGAUUCACGGGAACUGGGGGGGAGCCCAAGCGGCGGUGACCCCCCUCCCCGGGAAAGCGCGAUGCUUCGUUGCUGUUAAAUUUUUUUUCCUAUGCAAAAAUGUGAGGGCGGGUGCAGAACUGGAAUGGGGCGGGGGGUCGGAAGGGCUUCAUUUAUAAAAUCGGGCAGCCUGGGACCCUUCCCGUGGUGGGGGUGCUGCCGGGGACGGGGGCAGGAGCAGCCUGUGAGUGUCCCCAGGCUCCGGCCCGGGGAAAGGAGCUGCUCCGUGUGUGCGCACCCAUGCACGCGCACCCAUAUCCUUCUUUAAAUUAAAAAAAAAAUAAAAAUAAAAAGAGGCUGGGUUUCCUAACCCCAGAGGGAUUUUUUUUUUCGCUCCCUCCGCCUCUGCGCAGAGGGACUUUCCCUCCUCCUUCCCGCUGGGACGCGCCAGCGCCGUGGGGAGUGGGGAGGAUGCCCCCGGGAUGGACCCUGCAGGUGCUGGAGCUGUGCGGGCACUCGGUGGGUUCAGCACCUCUGUACAAUCAUGGGGUUUUUUUUUUUGUGGAUUAGGCCUGUAGCACAGGGAACAACACCAAAUACUGCUAGUUUACUGAUAUAUAUAUAUAUAUAUCUCUAUAUAUGUAUAUUUUCACUAAAUCAAGUUGCUGAACUGCCCAGCACUACCAGUGCGAGUUUCUCCUCCCCGUUAACUGCCGCUGUGCCCCGCGCCCGCCGCUUGCCCCUCUUUACGUUCCACGUGCUGUCGUUGCCUAUUAUUUAUGUUACCAUGGAAUAGUGAUGAAAUAAAAUGUUUUCAAGAUACCAA